AUGUAUUUGUCCACCAUCAUUAAGGCAGCCCUGGUGCUCGCAGCAUCUGUACCCGCGCAAGCGUGGAACAGACUUGACAAGAACAACGCUGCCCUCCUCAUUAUCGACCAUCAAGUCGGCCUGGCUCAAGUUGUCCGUGACUAUAAUACGAAUGACUUCCGCAACAACAUCCUUGGCCACGCUGCCCUCGGGAAUGUCUUCAGCCUGCCAACGGUGCUGACCAGUUCUUCGGACCAAGGCCCAAACGGCCUGAUGCUAAAGGAGAUUACCGAGAUGCACCCGAACGCGACCUUUGUGCGUCGCCAGGGUGAGGUCAAUGCCUGGGACAACGCCGAGUUUCGCGCUGCCGUGAAGGCCACGGGGAAGAAGCAGUUGAUUAUUGCUGGUAUCGUGACUGAGGUCUGCACCUCUUUCCUGGCGCUGUCGCUGGUAGAUGCUGGGUAUGAGGUUUUCGCCAACACCGAUGCCAGUGGCACAUUUGAUCCCCGCCUCGCCGAAGAUGCCAAUCGUCGCAUGGAGAAGGCCGGCGUUACCCUUAUGGGAUUGUUUGGUGUAGUUUGUGACCUUAUGCGUGAUUGGAGAAGCACCCCCGGCCUGAAUGAGGUGCUUCCGUUCCUUGAUAAGUAUCAAUUUGCUUAUGGCCUGGUUGCGCGCCACCAUGCUGGGUCCAUCCAAAAUGGAACUCUGUAUCCAGUUGAGCAGACUUUGAUUUGA